CUGGAGGGGGCUGGCGGGCUCUGGAAGCUUCCGCCGGGCGAGUAUAUAGACUCCGGGAGCGGGCGGCGGCGGAGCCGGGGGACGGCUACAGCUGCGCGGCGGGGGGCCGGGCCGUACGCGCAGGCAAUGGGCAAGGACUAUUACCAGACGCUGGGCCUGGCCCGCGGUGCGUCGGAUGAGGAGAUCAAGAGGGCCUACCGUCGCCAGGCGCUGCGUUACCACCCGGACAAGAACAAGGAGCCCGGCGCCGAGGAGAAGUUCAAGGAGAUCGCCGAGGCCUACGACGUGCUCAGCGACCCGCGCAAGCGCGAGAUCUUCGACCGCUAUGGGGAGGAAGGCCUAAAGGGCAGUGGCCCCAGUGGCGGAAGCAGCGGUGGUGCUAACGGUACCUCUUUCAGCUACACAUUCCAUGGAGACCCUCACGCCAUGUUUGCUGAGUUCUUCGGUGGCCGAAAUCCCUUUGACACCUUUUUUGGGCAGCGCAACGGGGAGGAAGGCAUGGACAUCGAUGACCCAUUCUCAGGCUUCCCUAUGGGCAUGGGUGGCUUCACCAACAUGAACUUUGGCCGCUCCCGCCCUGCCCAAGAGCCCACCCGAAAGAAGCAAGAUCCCCCUGUCACCCAUGACCUCAGGGUAUCACUUGAAGAGAUCUAUAGCGGCUGUACCAAGAAAAUGAAAAUCUCUCAUAAGCGGCUGAACCCUGAUGGAAAGAGCAUUCGCAACGAAGACAAAAUCUUGACCAUUGAAGUGAAGCGGGGGUGGAAAGAAGGGACCAAAAUCACCUUCCCCAAGGAAGGAGACCAGACCUCCAACAACAUUCCAGCCGACAUUGUCUUUGUUUUAAAGGACAAGCCACACAAUAUCUUUAAGAGAGAUGGCUCUGAUGUCAUUUACCCAGCCAGGAUCACCCUUCGGGAGGCUCUGUGUGGCUGUACAGUGAAUGUCCCAACUCUGGACGGCAGGACCAUACCUGUUGUAUUCAAAGAUGUCAUCAGGCCUGGCAUGCGGCGAAAAGUUCCUGGAGAAGGACUUCCUCUCCCCAAAAUGCCCGAGAAACGUGGAGACCUUAUUAUUGAGUUUGAAGUGAUCUUCCCCGAAAGGAUUCCCCAGACGUCAAGAACCGUUCUUGAGCAGGUUCUUCCGAUAUAGUCAACUGUGUUCCCCAAGGACUGACCAGGCACCUUUCCAGAGCUCAAGGAUUUCCAGACUGUUCCACCAGCUGUGGACCCGCGAGAGGGCGGGAGGGCCCAGGGCGGGCUUUUGUACUGCUGAAUGUUUUCCAGAGAAUAUAUUACACAAUCUUUUAAAGUCGUGCACUAGACUUAAGUGGUUUUUCGAGCGAUAGGGUGGCAGGUGGUGGGGACAGCAGGAAAAGGCAGUCCAGUCUGCCCCGCUGGGUCCUGCCACCCUCCGGGAUGGGCCCACACCCUCCUCCCCCAGGCCCUGCCCAGGGGGAGAGGCAGACCCAGAGCUGGACUUGAUCCCUCUGUAGUCCCUUUGCUUGCAGAUGUUAGACGUGGUAUGGACCUGCCUUCUUGGUUACCAGGUCCUGUACACUCCUCAGUUUCUGUUGUGUAACCAGUUCAUGUUUUAUCCUGUAUUUGUCUCCCACGUCUUACUCUUCCCCUGAAGAAUCCCGUCUUUUCUCUUGCCAUCUCAAAUUGAGAACCUAGACUAUUUUUGCCGAACUGCCUGGCCGGCUCCCACAAGCAAUACCUCUCUCUCGUUCCAGCAAGACCAAGGGAGCCGGCCUCCAGUGAGCGAGUAACUUGUGCAGCUGCCUCUCCCUCGAGCGUCUGGGGUCCUGGCCGGAGCAGGGGGUCCUCUCAACCCCUGGCUCCAAGGCUGGGUGCGCUCACUUUCCUUUUCUGUAAGGCAAUCUUUUGGCACACCUGGGAUUUACCAGUGGCCCAGGUAAUUUUUCAUUUAAUGGACUCUGGACUCUCAAAAGGACCUGAUCCUUUUGCAUUUUGCACAGCCCCAGGUAUAAUCCCUUUUGAUAAAAGGGCCUUUGCUUCUGAUUACAGGAGCACCGUGGAACGUCUGUAAAUGUGUCUUUAUGAUUCCGUGUAAAGUUGGUGUGCACGCAAAUGAAACCAGUCCACGGCAGCUGCUGCUCUCUGUAAGGGGCCCUGACGGAAUUCGGAAGGAGCCUGGUGGGGGCGGGGGGAGGCAUGUAGGAACAAGUAUCUGUUCCUUGCAGGCCAGUCUGGUGCUCAGACCUUUCGACUCAUUGUAAGUUGCCACUGCCAACACAAGACCAAAGUGUGUGACUUGUCAAUGUGCAGUGUGACAGCAUUAAAGACUGAUGCUAAACCUCA